AGUGGGUACGUGUAGUUAUGUUAUGAGUGAGGCAUGAGUGUGAAAGUGAAAGUGUUUUCCUCACACAAGCGACUAACGGACACUAGUAACGGACUCUCAACCCGAGCAGACAGCUGAAAUCCCCAAAGCCAUCAAUUAUCAACAUGGUGCAGCGAGAUUUGCGUGAGCCGAAAUUGUUCAUGAUGGUGUUUGGGAACCCGCUUAACUCUCACCUGACGUUUAUGAACCGACUCAGGCAACGUCUCAGUUACGGUGAAGGGACUUCAAUAGAAGAGAGCGACGUCAUCAUUGCUUUCGUCGCCAUUUCAUCUCGAGCUGGAACAGAUAUUGAAGCUGCUCUUCAGGAAAUUCCACAAGGAUUGGCUCAGUCUAUUUUUCUAGUGGUGCUCCACCACACCUUUGAUGAAAAUUGGGUGAUUCCAGACAGCAGGCGGUGUGUUAACAGGAGGAACGUCUUCACUGUGGACUGCCUGUUUCAUGAAGACCUAGGCUUCCUGAGAUGUCAAAGCAACGACGAGGCUGUGCGAGCGGUGACUGCUCAUCUGAUCUCUAAAGGAGUGCCGAGAAAGCUAGUGGACGUUUAUUAUCCGGCGGGGCCUGCAAACCUCCAGAUUUCUCCAGAGAAUAAAGUCAUUUUGUCUGUCAUUUUUGAGGUGAUAUUAGGUGGCUUCACUUUCAUGAUUAUUGGAUAUUGUGGUCCUAUUCCUGGGUUAUUUAUUGGGAUUUUAGGUGGGUUCUGCUCUGGGUACUUUCAUCACAUCCGUUCUAAACGUCCUAAACCCUUAGACAGACUCUCGGAGCCCUUGAUACAAGACAGAACCCACAAUCCUCAGAUCUAAUUGCUCUUCUGUGCUGCGUAUUAAAGUUCAGCAGCAUCUAGAACGUAGAUAACACCUUUGAUUGAUUGCCAUAAACUUAUAACUUAUAACACACACACACACACACACACACACACACACACAUAUAUAUAUAUAACUUAUAAUAGAAUAACUCACAUGCACUCAUUAGUGACUUAUAAAACAUGUUUCAUAAUGCCUUAUAAUAUGUUAAAGAACACUGCAUGUACUAUAAUAAGGCAAUUUAAAGCCUGUCUUUAUCUGUGAUGCAUAUUCAAAUUUAGCGAAGUGAAAGCAGCAUCUAAAGCAAAAGUGAAAGUGCAUGUAAAGGUAAAUGACUGUAGUUAUAUAUAUAUAUAGCUUUUGCUUAUAUUUGCAUUCAUACAAUUAUCUGAUAUUAUCAAUUAUAUUUCGCAGGUGUAGAAAUACAGCUUUGGAAAAAAAUAAAAUUAUGAUUUUGCUAUUUAUUGAUAUUAGUUUGAGUAAAAUAACCAUUGCUGUUUUAUUCUAUAAACUACAGACAAAAUUUCUUGCAAAUUACAAAUGAAAAUAUUGUCAUUAACAGCAUUUAUUUGCAGUAAUUGAGAAAUGGCUGAAAUAACAAAAAAAAAAAAGCAGAGCUUUGUUCUGAUCAGUGUGUGACAAAUAAAUCUAAUAAAUACUUAAACUAUUAAACUCAGAAAGAUGUAAAUCUUUAUCAGAGAGAUAUGUUUGUAGUUAGUUUAGAGGCAUUUAGAUUCUUAUAAUGAAGAAAUUAUGAAAAUAAAGAUCCAUUAGACAAUUAUUACUGUCUCCCUUCCAAACUACAGGAAAAUACCCUUCAUAAUGUUUCAUAAAUGAAUUUAUAAUGCAUUAUAUAGU